AUGCAGCUCUUCAUCCCCGUCUUAGCUCUCUUGAGCACGCUUGUCGCUGCUGUACCGACCGCUGCAGCGGACGGUCGCGGGGCCACCAUCUUCACCGACAAAAACUUCAACGGCCGGUCAACCGCCAUUCCCGCCAACGACUUCUGCACCGAUAUGAACAACAUCUUUGGCAACUUCGAUGGCAAGAUCCGCAGCGUCACCGUCGAGAAGGGCUACCACUGCAAGUUCUACACUGGUCACGACUGUCCUGCCAACGGCCAGAAGAUGGAAUGUGGCAGCAAGGACCAGGCGUCGGUGUUUGGCGAUCUGGGCACGUUCGACUACAAGAUUCACAGCGCGUACUGCACGAAAUUAUAG